CAUGCAUGCGCGGCUCAGGGAGCGCGCAGCCCGGCGAUUGCCGGUGCUCUGUGUCCCACGGACACAGCGGAUCACAGAUCACUGAUCAUCAGGGCACUGAUGAUCAGUGUGCCCUGAUGAUCAGUGUGGCCCCAGAAGUGCCACCUGUCAGUGUCCAUCAGUGCUAGCAGUCAGUGCUCAUCAAUGCCACGUGCCAGUGCCCAUCAGUUCCACAUCAAUGCCACAUAUCAGUGCAUACCAGUGCACAUCAAUGCCACAUAUCAGUGCCCAUCUGAGCUGCCUUUCAAUGUCACCCAUCAGUGCCAGUCAUUGCCACCUAUCAAUGCCAUUCAGUGCCACCUAUCAGUGCUGCCAAUCAGUACCACCUAUCAGUGCCAGUCAGUGCCGCCUAUUAGUGCC